GGAAGGGUGAGGAAGGUGGGCCUAUUCUCAAUCAUCAUGUUUUUUAAAGUUAUUUGCUCUUUUCCGGAUUUCUUGUCGUCCUGUUUCCCGGGUCAUUCCUGUGUUAAUUUGUACUAAUUUGUUUUGCUGCUAUCUCUGGAAUCUUAGCUCAUUGCCCACUUCCCAGUCUAAGGUACGUACUCAGCUUUCUGAAAGAAAAAAAAAACGAACUAAUUUCCAGAACAUAAUGUACAUUCAGUUUUCUUCUUUACCUGUAUCACGUUAUAUUUGACUGAACUUCCGAUUGGAAGCUGAUUUCAUUUCUGUCUGUGUGUAAUCGAUCUAUGGUCAAACUCAUUUACUGCUUGUGUCGACGAUCGGGCAUUCAUUAACUAGUCAUUUAUAUUCAGGUGAAAAAGGUGAAAGUUAAAAAAAAAAUCAAUCAAAAUGAUCGCCUAUUACUGCUGAGGAUUCGAUGUGUUGGACAGUUAGUGCUCUGAUUGUGUUAUCAUGAAAUGUUACUUUUUCAGUUUCUCCCUUGUGGUUAUCCUUCAUAUUUAUAGAUCAGAAAUGGGUGAAUUACUCUUUCUACACCCUCAUUUAUGCUGCCAUGGCGAUCAUAGUCUCUCAUUUUUAAUUUUUGAAGAACUAUCCCUACUUGUACCUUUGGUGGCUUUUCAGUUCCCCCGACCGUAUCAAUUUUAGUUCUUUGUGGUUAAUGGGCAGACCACACAGACCGAAACCGCCAUAAAUGUGGUUUCUUCACAUUAAUGGUGAUGGAUCACUGGGAGUUCCCUGACUCAUCUGCAAAUGAAUUGGAGUUAGAGAAUGAGAUCAUUCUUUCUACCUUGCAACAAUCAACAGACAUUCCAGACACCCAUAAGGAUGCUCAUUCAGUCACACAUGCUCCUCCUGCUUUGGACUUGCAGGAUGAUCACUACUCUAGUCCCGCUCUCAGGUACAUUAGUCAGAUGCUACUAGAGGAUAGUGACAUUGAAGAGAAUAAUAAUCUCAGCAAGUUCUAUGACCCUGUUUCCCUUAGAGCUGCCGAGAAUUCCUUUUAUGAUGCCCUUUAUCAGACCCCUUCAUCACAUAAUGAAGAACCUCUUUUUGUUAACUAUAAAUCUGGAAGCCCAGACAGAACAUUUAGGAGUUCAAGUGAUUACAGAAUCAGAGAAUCUACAUCAUAUGAGGAGAGGUCAAAUGGAUCUUUAGAUAACUUCAAUAGUAUUAUGGGUAAUGAAAAAGGUUCUGUCAGAACUGCUACUUUGGAUGCAAAUAUACGUAGUGAUACUGAGUCUGACUUGCAACUCAAGAGAGAUAAGGAGAAAGAAAUUAUAUUCUCUCCUUCCAGAAAUCAGUUGGUUCUCAGUAUAGAGAAGUCGCAUUCAGCCUAUUUUUCUAAAGGGAAGAAGCAUCACCACCCAGGUGAGGUCCGAAUAGAGGAAGAAAGGAGCAGUAAGCAGUAUGCUUUUCACCAGGAGGAGGAGGUUGAGUUAUCAGAGGUGUUUGAUAAGGCUUUGCUGUUUACCAAUAAUAUAGAUUGUCCUUCUGGAAUAAAAAUGGGCUUUCAACAGAAUGGGCAAGGUUAUGGGAAGGGGCAUUCACUGAAACAACCGCAGACUUGUGAAGGUGUGGAUAUAGGAUCUCUUUUAACCAGCUGUGCACAAUCUAUUGCUGAUGUUGAACAUACGAUUGCCAAAGAAAAGCUAAAGAAGAUUAGGCAGCACUCUUCGCCAACUGGUGAUGCAAAUCAACGGCUAGGUCAUGCAUUUGCAAAUGCUCUUGAAGCACGGCUGGAUGGAACUGGCGCACAAUUGUAUGCGGCCCUAGCUUCUAAUAAGAUCACAGCUUCUGGAAUGAUAAAAGCCUUUCACACCCACAAUUUAUCUCUACCCUUUUUUAGAACAUCAAUUAUCCUUGGGAAUGCAAUGAUUUACGAAGUAGCAUUAAAAAGUAAAUCAUUGCACGUCAUAGAUUUUGGUAUUCUUUAUGGUUUCCAGUGGCCCAUGCUUAUACAGAAUCUUUCACAAAGACCCGGUGGACCUCCCAAACUUCGAAUAACCGGAAUUGAGCUUCCCCAACCCGGUUUUCGCCCCGAAGAAAUGGUAAAAGAGACCGGUUGUCGUUUGGCAAAAUAUUGUGAGCGUUUCGGUGUACCAUUUGAGUACAAUGCCAUCACAAGGAAAAAUUGGGAGACAAUUAAAGUUCAGGAUUUAAAGCUUGUGAGUGGGGAUUUGGUUGCUAUUAACUGUUUGUUUCGUUUCGAAAACCUAUUCGAUGAGGCAAUGGUUGUUGCAGAUACUCCAGACAGCCCUAAGAUUGCAGUUACAAACUUAAUCCGUAAAAUAAAUCCUCAUAUUUAUGUGCAAUCGGUGCUGAGUGGAGCCCACACAUCUCCUUUCUUUCUCACUCGGUUUCGAGAAGCUCUCUUCUACUACUCUGCUUGCUUUGAUAUGUGUGAUGCUGUUUUACCUCGUAAUGAUCUUCAUAGGUUGAGUUUUGAAGAAUCCAGGGCAUGCGAAAUAAUGAAUAUAAUUGCAUGUGAGGGCAUUCAAAGAUUACAGAGAACUGAAACAUACAAGCAGUGGCAAUCAUGCAAUACGAGAGCUGGGUUAAAGCCUAUGCCCAUAAGGCCAGAGCUUGUAAAGGAGUUGAAAGAAAUGGUGAGGGCAGAAUACCACAGAGUUUUUGUAUGUAGAAGAUGGUCAUUGGUUACUGCAAGGGUGGAAGGGUAGAGUUCUAUGUUGUAACUCUUGCUGGACAUCUGCAUAAUAAGAAACUCAGAAGCUAUGGUAUAAUGGAACCUAUUUGUAUUCGAACACUGUCAAGAAUUUAGAGACCUGAGUUGUUAGAGGAAGAGCUAUCUUAGAACAUCAGUCAAGGUGGUUUUCUAGUUUCCCUUUCUUUCUGUUUUUUAGACAGAUUUUUUUUGUAUUUUCUGUAACACACUCUUUAAAGUAGCUUCAUGUGAUCAUAUAAUUGCUUACUCUUGUUAGAAAAACUUGUUGCCAUUGUGCUUUUUGUUUAUCAUAAUUUCUCUACCUUCUCCCA